GAACGGAGGCUGUUGGUGUGGUGACAGUUGUAGAGACCGGGCUUACUGGAAGAAAAGUUGGGGAUGUUGUUGCUUAUGCAGAGGAAGGAUUCUGCCUCAUCAAAAGCAUAUCCAAUCGCACUAAUUUUUUUGUCGAGUCGGGGCACACAGUCCUGGUUCACGCAACAGCCGGUGGGGUGGGGUCCUUUUGUGCCAGUGGGCAAAUGCACUUGGGUGGGGCCACUGUUAUUGGGACAGUCUCUACAAAGGAGAAGGCAGAUCAAGCCAAAGAAGAUAGGUGCCACCAUGUCAUAUUGUAUAAAGAAGAAGAUUUUGUUACACGUGUCAACGAGAUAACAUCCGGGAUCACUGGCAUGCUUGAAGCUCCGUGGAUAAAUGGUGAGUUUCGGGCAGUCGUCUGGCAGUCCCGACCCAAUCCCACUGGCGGCAGUGGCGGCCAAAUCCCUGUUCUUGACAAGGCCCACCUUAAUGCAAUACACAGUGACUCGGGACGAACUUCUGCAGACAGCAUCAGAGGUAUUCACCAAUGUGGGCUCAUGUGGAAAUAA